CCUGGGGGAGGCGGGAGGGUGUGGGCAGGUGCCGCGCCCGAGGGAGCAGGUGGGGCCCGCGCGCUGGGCGCCUGCAGGACCGGGUUUUCCCACUCGGCCACUCGGCAGGAGCUAACUCAGCAUCAGCAUCGCGUUGCCCCUCAGGAUGCGAAAACCGCACUCAGCCUGAGCUGGCGGUGGGCCUGAUGGCAGAAGACAGCAACCGAGACGCGCUGGCGGGGCCAGGGGCUCUCUGGGAGGCCCUCCGGGCGCUCCUGCCCCCCACUAAAGAAGAGCUGCGGUUGGACCUCGGUGCGAGCGUGGAGGGGAGUGUGGUGGUGCUGCUGCAGCAAGCCGCCGACCUCUUCUACGGGGGCAGAAGGAGCGAGUGUCUGCAGACGAGCGAGGCGGUCCUUGACUACUCCUGGGAGAAACUCAACACCGGGCUGUGGCAGGACGUGGACAAAGACUGGCGUCGGGUUUAUGCCUUCGGCUGCCUCCUGAAAGCCAUGUGUCUGUGUGAAGCGCCUGGGGACUCGGCCACCGUGGCCGCAGCCCUCAGAGCCUGUGACAUGGGCCUGCUGAUGGGAGCGGCCAUCUUCGAUGACAUCCUCAUUAAAGUCGCUGCCGUCCUCCAGGCGCACCUUCUCCCUGGAAAAAGGCCUGCCCAAGGUCCGGCCCCGGAGCAGCCCCGCUUCAAGAAAGCCAGGAAUGGCCAUGUUUCGAUUCCCGAUAUGAGGUCAGAGAAAGCAGUCCCCCGGCUUCACUGUCCGUCCCUGCAGCAUUUCAGGAAGCAUUAUUUGAUUCCACAGACGCCUGUGAUCUUGGAAGGCGUGGCCGACCAUUGGCCGUGCAUGAAGAAGUGGAGCUUGGAGUAUAUACAAGAAAUUGCUGGCUGCCGCACUGUCCCGGUGGAAGUGGGCUCUAGGUACACCGACGAGGAAUGGUCCCAGAGGCUCAUGACGGUCAGUGAGUUCAUCAGCUGCUACAUCCUCAACGAGAGUCUGACUAGCGAGGCCGGAAAUGCAGCUUGUCUGCGGGGGCCUGAACCAUCCCUGUUGGCCAGGAGAAGGGGAGCUUUCGGGGGGGCUGUCCACCCGCACGUGUGGUGGGCAAGGACCCCCACAAGGUGUGCGCAGUCAGCAUCAGUGCUUUGCAGCUCUUCCGCCGCACCCGGCAGCCCGCCCCCAGCCCAGGGCUCUGUAAAGCUCUGACCAGUCUGGGCAUGGGUCUGCUGCAUUGACGGUCCAGGUCAGUGACCAUGGGGCUAAGGUUUCCUCGCUUGGCCUUCUCAGCUUCUCACCUGACGGACCACCCCGUGGCCCUUCCUGACCCAUCUCUGCGCUCCUACAUUUCCCCUCCUCCACGGCACUCGGUGCCGUUCACUUGGCUGCGGGGCCCCUCCAGCAGGGCUCACAGACGUCCUUCCAUUCCUGCUUCUGCAUUCCUCCCGGCCCCAUCUCUGCUCAGUGCACUGUCACCUGGAGGCCUGGAAAGGGAGCUGUGGGCUAGAGACGUGCCGUGUGCACGUCCACCUCCCCUGUAGGCAUGCACCCCGUGGGCCUGGGCAUCUCCCUCUGCCAGGAGGAAGCCUGCUUUCUCGGCAGAGGCGGAGCCAGAGGGUGUGCGUGGGUCAGGAUGUGCACUUGCAGUUCAGGCAGAACAGCACUGUAUCCAGCACUGGCCCUGGCUGGCUGUGUGUCGUUGGCUGGUUACUUAACCUCUCGGGUCGCCAGUGCCCUGACCUUUGGUUGGUUGGGGUCGGUUGGGGUCGGUUGAGGUUACCCACGCUUCCUAGGGUCAUUGCGGGAGUAGCACGGGAGCUCCAAGAGCACAGCCGACACUCAGUUACCACGGCCUUCGGUGUCCUCUGCACCAGGGGCUGGAGGUCACAUUACCUCUGGCUCUGCCCGGUGCCUAGUGCAGGGUCUGGCAUUCUGUAAACUGUUUGUGGGAAGGAAGAGAGAAUGAAGGAGAGAGACAGAAAGACAGAUUUUUGAGGAAUCCUGGAGGAACUUCUUUCCUUCAACACCGUUUCAGCCUCAGACCUUGAGGCCAAGCCAACUCCACGCUGGAGCCCGAGGGCCGCGCCCGGCAUCCCUCCACUCCUCCAAUGGAUCCUCACCGAGGCCCGGGGCCGGUGUGUGAAACUGACCUUUCACACAGUGAUAAUCUCCAAAGAUGUAGGAAAAUGGGCGCUCAGAUUAAUUGCUGGAAAGAGUCUAACUCAUUUAACUUUGGGGCAAAUAACCUGGCAGAAGCUAUGAAAAUUUAAAAAGCACAUACUCCUUGUCUCAGUUCUGCUUUUGGACAUAGUAUCUUAUGUAAUAAAGAGCUAAUAUGCAUAUGGUCGUCACGCCCUCGUGACGGGGCCCGGGGACCUGAGGCCGAGCCCCCUGCCUUGUAGGGCUUGACGGGGGUGAGGCAGGCUGGGUCUGGGUCUCGCGCGAUUUCGAGUCGUGCACGGGUGGGCAGGGACUUGACUCUGGGUCCCGCGGCACACCCCAGACUCUGACAGGAGGGAGGUUUUUAUAUACAUUUUACUAAUUUUCUUUUGUCCCUGACAUUUCUAUUAUAGAGAAAGGGCAAACAACAAUAUUAAAAUAGUUCCUCUAAUUAAUUCCAUUUUAAUGUGCACGAAUUUCAUGCACCGGGCCACUAGUGUGAAUAUAAGGACCAAACUAUUAGGCUGUUGAUGAAACACUAGCGAACACCCCAAAUGGGCAGAACAACCCCAGUGUCCACCAGUAGGGGGAAAGGUGAGUUAAUAACAGUGUAUCUGUCAAUAAAGAAGUAUCCAUCAAAAGAAUGAGUCAGACACGUAUGUAUCGACUUGAGAGAUUCGUGGUGAAAUGACAAAAGCAGAUUUCAAAGUAAUACAUAUAAUAUAUUAAUAUGAUUCCAUUUUUAUUUUUUUAAAUCAUCCCCUUCAUUUUUUCUCCAAGAGGAUAUUAAAUUGUUUAUUGAUUACACAUGGUAAUGGGUGAUACACAGGUUUCAUUCCCAUCUGUAAUUUUAUCUGCUGCUGUAAUUCAGUGUAGAUAUAUUACACAGGACAUGUCACCAAUCAGUAAUAACCUAACAGACUCCAUGACUCUUCGUGGGUGACCCUUUUAACGGUGAACUCCAGGCCACGACACAGUAGAUGUCAGUUCAGCACCCCAGGGUUCCUGAAGACACUGGCUUCUGUGCCCAGCAGUUUCAGAUGAAACCUGACAUCACUCUGAAGUGAUUCCGACGUCACACCUUUGGGGUAAUUUACCAGGAUGGCUUCAGAGCAGCCUAGCCUUACCCAGCACGUGUAAUAAAAGACACGUUCGCUCGGUGUCAUGAUCCAACUAUUCCAUUUAGCGAUCAACAGCAUGGUGCAAAAAUCUACAUCAAAACCCUUUGUCGGAAUGCUUUCCACUUUCCACAGAACAGAAACUAAAAUAACCUGUUACACAAUUAGCCACAAGCACAGUCCUCGAGGUUUUUGCCCUUUCACAUGAGUGUUGUCUAAACCAGCGGUCGCCAGCCUUUCAGACCCCACAGACCUCUGCGGACCACCGGACCGCUGAUCUAAACCACGUCGUCUGGGUAGCAGCGAGACCCUGCCACCACUGAGCUUGGCUGAGUUCACAAGUCGCUGUAGCCUGCAGCUUCCCUGGCCCUUCUCUGCUCUCCUCCCCUGCUGAGCAUUGUUUCCUGUAAUUAAACCUGACGCUGCUGGAACUCCCACAGCCACCUUGGUUUCGUGGUUUGGCAAAGUGUUCGCUUCCACCACCAUAGGAGCCAGAGCUUCUGCCUCCAAAGUUUCCUCCUUUCACGGGCCCACAAUUUGAAGAUGCCAAAAUCACUGUAGCUUCCGCCACCUCCAAAACUGCUUCCGUCAUUUCCAACCCACGACAGCUACUAUCCCCACUGCCACCAGAGCCACUCAGCCACACAGUUCCCUCCACGACCAAAGUCGUCAUUCCCGCCAAACCACCUCCAUGGCCACCUCCGAAGUUUCCAGAACCUUCGACCUCUUUGGCGCUGGCCACCUCUUGCUUGGACAGCGCUCUCCCUACUUCUCAGUGUGGCCAUUCGCAGGAUGUUAUUUCUGAAUGACAGUCUUGUCUAUGGAGUCAGGUCACCAAAGCCAACCUCGCCUCUCGCCACUGCCUGGCUCAGUCAUGAUUUCAAUCACUCCAUCUUCCCACAGUUCAGAAUAGCCUGUUAGGCGAGUUCUCCUGUCUCUUCUUCAAUGCAACCAGCAGGAAUCUUCCUCACAGUGCGAUGGGGACCAGGUCUUUGAGAUUCCGCUGGACACAGCCCUUGCUGACCUGGCAUUCGUGGCUGCAUCCACCUGCUUGGCAUCAUGACAAACCCAGAGCCUCAGGGGCACUUGGUGAUUGAUCUCAUCGCAGCCUGUGUCCCCCUGGCUCAGAAGGGCUCCUCCGACUCACAUCGUUUGUUUCAAAGCUCACACCUCCGAUGAAGAGCCUUGGCAGCUGUGGGCUCUUUGGGAGACUCGGACUUAGUCGGGUUGAUGACUGCGGGAGGGGAGACCAGCGAUGCUGACUCCGCGGCUCCACGGCAGAAAGGAGUGAUCUGACCAACGUAUUUGCCCUUUUUAAAUUGAUUUUAGAGAGAGGAAGGCGGAGAAACACCAGUCUGUUCCACUCUGCGUUCGCUGAUUGCCUCUUGUAUGUGCGCUGACUAGGGAUCCAGCCCACAAUCUUGGUGUCUGGGGGCGAUGCUUAGCCAACUCAGCUGCCUGGCCAGGGCCUGCCCCUUCAUUUUUAAUCUGAGUCAGCUGAGCCCUGGGCACAGGCCGACGAGCUCCAGCAACCUCUGGCCGAGGCAGCACGGGUCCUGAGACCACAUCAGCCGCUGGGUGGGAGGAGGGGGACCAGCAGGACAGAGGGGGCCCUCCGUGUGGCUGCCCAGGGCUGGGCAGGGGCAGGGGCAUGGCGUGCUGAGAGCCAGCUAAACAGUAGUAGCACCUGGAGGGCGUCCAUCACCA